AUGCGUGUUAUUGUUCUCGCUGUGCAUAUCCUGCUGGCCGUGGGCCUCGCGCAGGCCUUCGAUUGGCGCGCCUUGAAAACCUGCGAUGCCUCAAGCCCGAACUGCGUGACACGCACUUUCGGCUCGACCAUACCGAUGCGAAUGUACGAGUGUCUGCGCGAGUUCAGCAUGCUGCGCUGCACGAAGCUGUUCGUGCUGCAGAAGCUGGAGGAGCGGAAGCAGUUGCCGCAGACGGGCAAUGUGACGCGCGACUUUCUCGAUCAGUUCUUCGGGCAGGAGACGCAACUGGGCAGCCUGAUCACAGAGAAGUAUCAGCAGAUGUCGGAGAAGGAGCUGAAUCAGCGGCUGGUGCAGAGAUUUCAGCGCUUCUUCAAGAAUCGCGACCUCAAGCUGCACUUUCUGCCCGGCAUGCUGGUGAAGGUUGUGCCCAGCAAGGAGAACAAGCUCAAGUUUAGCCUAAAGAAGGCCAUCAAGUCGCGCCUGGGCCGAGCACGCCGGCGCGAUACGGACGACGAGCUCCAUCUCAUGAAUCUUCACGCGCUGACUGGCGGCACCUUGGGUGGCCCGAGUGGCACGACCGGCAGCGGUACCAGUGCCAGCGGUGAGAUCUAUGUGCCGGAGGUCGAGGGCAGCUCCAAGCACAAGGGCGGCCUGGGCGGUGGUCAGGGCGGCAACGGCGAAGACGGUGGCGGCGGCGGUGGCGUCGGUGGACUGCUCAACAAGCGUAAGAAGAAGCAUUCCUACAAGACGACCAUGCUCCAGGUGGCCGUGCCCAUACUCGUCCUGCCCGUCGUACUCUUGGGCAGCCUGCUGCCCUUCAUCCUGCCCACCCUCAAGAUGGCCACCAUUAUGUCGCUCCUAAUGAACAACGGCGCCUUCCUGGCCGCUAUGCUCUACGCGUACUCCUCGGCCACCGCCGCCAGUGCUGCCAAUCAGCCGCAGCAUAUCAGCUAUGGCUAUAGCGAGGGCUUCCAUUGAUCGUAAAUUAAUUUAAUUUAGUUAAUUAAAGCAAAUACUCAUCCAGCUUGG